AUGCGUUUUUUGCUUCUUCUCACACUUGCCCUUGUGGUUGCUUUUGUCUAUUCGGAAGAAGAACAAAAAUUGAGCUGGAAAGAUGAAGAUGGUUUGGAGAUCAAAAUCAUUCGACCAAUCAAGGCGGAAAAAUGCAAAAUCAAAUCACAAGACGGCGAUGUUUUGGAUCAAUGGUAUAAAUUGAGUGAUAAGGAUGGAAAAGAAAUCGGAUCAAACUUCAACAAAAAAGCAUAUACUUUCACUUUGGGAAAAGGUCAAGUUAUUCCAGGAAUGGAAAGAGCAAUGACUGGAAUGUGCAUUGGAGAAAAGAGAAAGGUUGUGAUCCCAGGAAGUCUUGGAUUCGGAGCAAAAGGAAGAGAUCGUGAUAAUAUUGGAGAAGACCAAACAUUGUAUUACACAGUUCAAUUGGUUGAUUUGUUCAGAGCUGUUCCUGGAGAAAAAUGGACUACUGAAGAAGGAAUUGUUAUUGAGCAAACACAUACAAUUGAUGCUGAAAAAUGCAAGAAAUCUAAAGCUGGAGAUACUAUUCAUCAACAAUAUACUUUGCAUUUGGAAGAUGGAACUUUUGUUGAUUCAUCUUUCUCAAGAAAUGCUCCAUUCAUCUUCAAACUUAACAAUAAUGUAAGUUGGAAGCAUUGUUUAGGGAGAGAGAUUGUUAGAGCAUAACAUUUGUAAUCUCAAAAUGUUUGACCUUCUGAAUAGGUUUGAGAAUUCCCUUGCCAUAUUCUCAAAUUCCACGUGGCAACUUUUUUAACUCUGACUUUUUUUGCAGGAAGUCAUCAAGGGAAUGGAUAUCGCUAUGACUGGAAUGUGCGAGGGAGAACGUCGUCAAGUUGUAAUUCCAUCAGAUUACGGAUAUGGAGAUAAUGGAAGAGAGCCACAAAUCCCAGGAAAAGCUAGACUCUAUUUUGAUAUCACUUUGGAAAAACUCAUCCAACGUGAUGAAUUGUAA